AUGGCCCCUUACACCCACACUCCUGGUACCUCCAGCUCCCCUAUAACCCCGCCAUCACUUAAUGACGCCCAAAUCAACCUACGCAACCGCGAGUUGGAUCUUGAGAAAACCGAGCUGAAGUCCAAGAGCAAGGAGGCCCUACUAAAGUGCAAGUUCUACAGAGCCAAGCAUAAUCUCGAUAAAGCGGAGAUGAAAUAUGAGCGCCGCAAGGCAGAUAUUGAGGCCAAGCGAGAGAAACAGAAGACUGAUUUUGAGAUUAUGCAGCGAAAAAUGGCCCUCGAAGCCGAGCGGCGAAGAGACGAUCUCGAACUCAAGUACCAGAAGUUUUCAACUGACCUUAAGUCUGAGUUCGGAAACCAGACGCCGAGGACGAGGCCCCAACUGAUGGAGAAAUUGCGGGCAUGGAAGUUGCGAUGGGUAUAG